AUGGGCUACGAUGGUGCACUGAACAACGCAAAUUAUUUGAAGUCUAAGUUUCGAAAGCCUUACAAGUUCAUUGUUCAUUCAGUGUUGCAGGCUUUAAGCCAUUGCAAAGGAGGAUAUGACGCUAUGCGAGAUUAUCAGAUGAAUAUGGUGACAGCAUUGGUUCUGAACAAGAAAUACAAUUUUUCUCAUAUAGUGUUUCAUUACAUGGCCGAGAACAUUACUUCUGGAAGUAUGACUUGGAUUUAUCCAAGAUUUGUGCAAAUGUUGAUUGAUCAUGCUUAUCCCGAUAUUGUAAGAGAUGUAAACAAUGAUUUGCUAGUACUAUCUCAUAUGAGUAAUGAUUCUCUGAAGCACUUAGCAAGAUAUCAUCCAAACCAUCCUGAACCAAAGAAAGUAGCUGAAUUUUUCGGAUUCAUCAAGGAUGCGAAUUAUGUUGAUCCUGAUCCAGUUAAUCAUCAAAACUGGAGGAAUGAAGAGGAGAUGAAAGAAGCUGCUUAUGCUGAUGAGUUAGAAGCACUUGAAGGGUUUAAAGCAACUCGCAAUGAUUGGUUUGUGAAAGAGCAGAGGAGGAGAGGUAAGAAGGCUACUCCCAAAACACAAAAGGGAGAGGGUUCAUCUUCACAGCCCAAGAAACGUCAAAAGAAAGCUGCAAAGACUUUACUUAUUGAUGAGCCUGAUGUGGAAGAACCAGUACAAGAAGCUGAGAUUGAAGUAGAACCUAAUGAAACAGAAACUGAAGCUAAUAUUGAAGUUAAUGUCCGUCUUUCACCUAAUUCUCAGAGUUUGUUGAAGAAACUCAAGGUGUUUAAUGCUCAGAAAGAUAAAGCAGCUAUUGAUAAAGAAAAAUCUGCUGGUGAUGAACAAGGUGGCGAUGUUAAUAAAAGUACUACAAGCUCUUCGAGUUCUUCUGAUGAUGAAAUUGAUCAUGUAGAGCGUGAAAAGAGAAUUCAAGAAGAGAUUGUAAAAGAGAAGUUGUUAAGAAAGAGAAAAAGACAGGAGAAGGAUGAUGAUGAUGUAUAUAUACGAUCUCCUGAACGUGUAUCUGAUUCACAAACACCUCCUUCAGGUGGUAAAAAGAAAGCUGGUGUUAGCAGGAGGAUUGUUUCACCAAAGAUAAAGAAGGUAACUCAGAAGAUCAAGAAACCUUUGAAGAUCAAGAUAAAGAAACCUUCCCAAGAACCAAGUAAACCACCAUCACCACCACCUGAACCUACACCACAUCAAUCACCUAUACAUUCACCAAUUCACCAAACACCAACAAGACAACCAUCACCAUUACAUCUCUCACCACCUCAUCAAUCACCACCACCACAAAUUCAUUCCGUUACACCACCACAACAAAAAACCUUACUAACAUCUGAACAAAUAUUCCAAACUCCACCACCAAUUACACAACCACCUGUUCAAACAACACCUGGUUCUUCGGCGUAUAAAGGUUUUCCAACCGUUCCUCCGAACUUGAGUAUGGGUCUUCAUGAGAUUGGAGACUUUGAUUUUGCAAGCAAUGCAUAA